AUGUACGGCAGCUGGAGUCUGUGGAGCGAGUGUGAUCAUUCCUGUGGGGGUGGUAUUCGGGUCAGGUCUCGCUCGUGCACAAACCCACCUGCCCAGUUUGGUGGCUCGGAUUGUGGCAGCCUAGGACCUGACAGAGAGACUGAAGUCUGCAAUUUGGGUUCCUGUCCACGUAAGUAGCAUCUAGUGUUACUUGAAAAUCCAACAGAAGCGUUGGUAUCGAUGGAAAUCCCUUAAAAGUAAACAGCUCGGUUAAAUAUGCUACUUUACUUGUUCUAGAAGUCCUUGAUGCAACAUAGAAAUCGCACGCGGCAAUUUUUGCGGUUUUAUCGCCAAUAUUUUUGUUAGCCCCUCAACCUCAUAGUUUCUGGAGCGGUAAAUUGAUUCUCAGUGUGUUUCUGACUAUUUUUCAUAGUAAACGGAAACUUUAGUGAGUGGACUUUGUGGACGCCAUGUUCGGUCACGUGUGGCCAAGGUAUCAUGACCAGGAAACGAUUCUGCACCAAUCCCUCUCCGACGAUAGGAGGCAAAGACUGCACGGAUCUUGGACCCGACCAGGAAAAAACCAGUUGUCAGCUUGUGGACUGCAGAGGUACAGCUCUAAAAUAA